AGAGCCAUUUACUACGACGAAUCAACAAGUCAAAAUGGAAGAUACUCAAGAAAAGCAUUUGGAAUUCUUCGAUAAGCUCCUGUCUUUUCCCGUAAUCAAUGAAACUUGGAGUUAUGUCAAGGCAAAAUACGAGGAAGUUCAAAACAUCGAAUAUGUGGGUGCUGCAGUUAAAAGUGCCAAAGAUGUGCUUCAAAGUGCUGCCGAGAAAUCUAAACCAUUACUGCAUAAAGUUGAUAGACAAAUAUCUGCUGUUGAUGACUUUGCUGUUAAAUCACUUGAUAAAUUGGAAGAGAAGUUUCCUGUCACAAAAAAGCAACCUAAUGAGAUAAGAGAGAACAUAGUCUCGUACUUAGCUGAAAUAAAAGUACCAUCCUACUUCCUUCCUUACGGAAAGACUGCUCUGAGUUUAGCUUUAGACUGCGUCUACAUCAUCUGGGACAUAGCUAAGAGAAUCAUCACCAAGGAGAUGAUAAUUAAAGCGAUGGAAUCUGUUGCCGACUUUAUUGUCCCGCCUGUGCGAGGAGAAGAGGAAAAAAGUGCAGAAUACGAGACAUUUUGGGAUGCCGCAUCUUCCUUACUCGCUAAGUUUCAAGCUCGCAUAAAAUUUUAUGGUCAAAAUAUCCUGGAAGGAAAAGCUACAGAAGCGGGAAUAGAUUGGAAGGACUUCCCUCUCCUGGUUCUUAGUGUGAAAUUCCUGGCUUUGCAUCGUGUUGUUUACUAUGAAAUGAUAGCUGUAGUGCUCUCCCUCUUCAACAAGAGCUGAAAUGUUAAAUUCUGAAUGUGUAAUUAUUGAAAUAAUAAAGUUGUAAAGAAAGUAAUGCAUUCUGUCUCAAAUUGAAUAAAACUAUCCUCUCG